GUGAGACAAUUUCACGCUAAACUCAAAAGUCUGUGGUCAGAGGAAGGCAGCCUUACCCAGCCUUAUCACACGCUCCGCCUAUAUCGCAUAUAAUGCAUAAAAACUCUUACUUCCAAUUAACACGCCUGAUGCUCACAUGCACCAAUAUUCAAACCGUAAGUUAAAAUGGCCAAAAUAUCGAUUAGGUCGAUAGGCAGCACACUAGGUUUUGUAAUUUGUACACAGCCAGGGCGUUUGUCAUAGUUGGUCAUGUCUCAUUACUGUUCGUCUUUCAGUUUUAUAAAAGGGUGAUCGCGAUCAGACGCAGAUUUGCUGCGCAGUUCAUUUGCGCUCUCAACACCACGCACAGUUUCUCUUCCUUUGUCGUUUGCGUUUUGAAGUGUUCGCAGAUCUAGGUGUUGCUGACUAAAGAAACAGAAAGUGAAGCUGCUGUCAGACUGGAGAACAGAGAGACGCAUCUCCACACUCCGCUUGGAUACAGAAGAUCAACGCGGAUAAACGUGCUUGAGGAUGGAGGAGGAAGCCGCAGUCAAGCCGUCAGUGGCUCAGCUGGCUGGAAGACUCAAAGGUCAUGCACUGCCAAUGCCAGGAAACAUGGAGGUGAAAUCUAUGAGAAGACCUCCAUGUUCUUUGGUGAUAAACAACCAAAAAGAUGAACAUGAACAAGAACAGAAGUCGUCCAAUUGUCCUCAUCCUCCUAAGAUCAAGAUAAAGAGUUCACCCUUCAUAGAAAAACUUCAGGCCAAUCUUGCUCUCUCUCCAACUGUCCUGCUCUCCCCACCCAAAAGUCCAGAGUCUAAACAGCCACCGACUGCCUCCUGUCCCAUCAGUCCCUGCAGCUCCGUGAGCUCCACCCUGCAGCCCACUCAGCUGUCCUGUGAAGAUGAGGCACCGGUUAGCUUCGAGCAGCCGGUCGAGGGCACGCCGCUGCCCAACAUCAACAAGAGUCGAGCUAGGCUGUCUUUCAAGCGACGGCUGCCCACACGGCUACACAGGAAGUCAGCAAGUGACGAGACAAAAAUGAAUGAAGGAUGUGACUCUCCGUUUCAACCAGAUACUCAACAGCAGAAUGGGGAUGAAGGGGAAUUGAUUGGUGGGCCUUUGCAGGUGGACACAGAAGAUAAAACAGACUCUGCUCAACCCACCAAUGACCCAAAGCAGGCAAACGACAGGGCAGAGCACAGAGAUGUACCCCAUGAAAAUGAGAGGACUGAAGUAACCCAUACAGAAAAAGUGGAACCUUCUGAUUGUGAACAGGCCCAAGAAGAAGAGAAGGAAGAGGACAGGGCAGAAGUGAAAGACGACAAGGAAGUGCUGGAUGCAGAAAACAACUCAGAAUAGACAUGAUAGGCUAAAGCUCAUCAAAAUGGAUUGAUGCAAGAUAAGCAUUGCUUUAGCAAACUAGAAUUGUGAGAAAGUUAUUCCAGACAACAGCCGAAUUGAGUUACUAAGAAACAGACUCCAGGAUGGAUGAAGAUGGACAGUGUCUGAAUUGUUCUCUUUUAGGAUUGUGGAUUUGGGGACUUAAUAUUGCUAUAGCAAAUAUCACACAAAGUUUUAGAUGUUUCAACGCAAUUUACGUUGUGGCGAGUUGGUGGUGAAUUUAUAUGAAUUUGUACAAACUCAUUUGUACGUUUUCGUAUGACCUGCUUACGCCUCACUGUAGGUUAGGUUUACUGAUGGACCUUCAUGCUUACUUUUUUUCUAAAACUUGUUUUCGUACAAAUCACAUUGUAUUAUUCAUACGAAUUUGCCACCAAUUCUGCCAAAAUGUAAAAUAGUUAUGUUUUCUCAAGUGGUCGGAUUAGAUCUGAGUUUUGUAGGGUUAUUCAUAUGCCUCGAUUUUCGAGCUUUCUUAUUCUUUCAAGUAAACUUAUGUUGCAUUCUUAUUUGCUGUUCAUAAAAUGAGAACACUUUCAGCUUUGGAGAUCAUUCUCCAUUUUGAAAGCACUUUUCGAGCCUUUACCCUAUAUGGAUAUUCAUGUUAUUCAGUUUAUGACUUGUAACAAGACAAAUAUCACCGAAAUAAGUGUUUUAAAAUAUCGCACAUGCCUCUGUGGCAGGCCUAGGCUCUGUAAAUAGCAAAAAAAAAAAAAAAAACAGGGCUGGCCUGCACUUUUUUGGACAAUCUGAAAACUAGUUAAUCAGAAACGCUCUGUAGGCUACAGUACCUGACAGUCAUUUUGAGUGUUUGGGUUUACUGACAUUGGUUUGGCUGUGAAGUUGAAGUUGCAAAAUCAGAAGUCACUAACUGCACUUUUACUUUUUGAUGUUUUCUUUUUGUUAAAUCUUGCAAACAUGGUAAACAAGCAAAAUACAAACAAAAUAUACCAGCAGUCUCUGUUGCUAUGCAAAGAUAUUUUAUCAUUAAAUGAAAAAGCCUGGGAUGUAUCACUGUGACUGCAAAGCUACUGUAUUGCAAUGACCUUUUAUUAUCCGUAUAAGAUUGAAUAAAGAGCUUUAUUUACGCUUA